UUCGCGCACUUCCAGGCGGCCGCCUCCCCCACUUGCGAAAGCCAAACGCCAAAACCCCACCACCUCAAACCCUAGCGCACUCGCCGCCGCCGCCAGCAACAGCCACCUUUCUCCGGCCUCCCAUGGCGCGCAUCCACCUCGUGGCCGUGGCCAUGGCCGUCCUCUUCGCCGCCGCGACGGCGCAGGCCCCGGGCGCGUCCCCGACGCCCGCGCCCCGGGCGCAGCCCACGCCGCCGCCGCCGCCUCCUCCCCGGGCCCCGGCGCCGGCCCCGGUGUCUCCCCCCGCGCAGGCCCCGGCGACGCCUCCCCCGGCCUCCGCCCCGGCGCCCGCCCCGACCCAGACGGCCCCUGCUCCUUCCCCCAAGGCCGCGGCCCCGGCCCCGAAGCUCCCGCUCUCGCCGCCGGCGCCGGCGCCGGGCUCGUUCACCCAGCCGCCGUCCGAGGCCCCGGCCUCCCCGACCCCACCCAGCGCCGCGUCCAGCGUCGCCCCCGCCUUCGCCCUGGCCGCCGCCGCGGCAGCCGCCGCCGCCUUCUUCUGAGGUUGCGGCGCCGACCCGGUGUGACGUGACGCGGCAUGGCCGCCUUCGCUCGACGUCGCGCCGCUACCGCUAUUUAUUCACCUUUUCUUCUUCCGGGUUUGCUCAUUCCAUUCGGGGUCUAGUCUAGGGCGCGUCCGAUCUGAUCUAGUGAUCUAGCGUUUGUGCGUGAGUGCGUGCGUGCGUGUGUUGAGGGAGAUAGUGAUUGGGAGCUGAGACAGUGAUGUGGGUUGCCAUUGUAUAAUCGCCGCGUUUCUUUUGUAGCGCAUUCUUUCUACAGAUCUGCUCACUAGUAUUGCUGUGUUAUUUA